AUGGCCACGAGCGCGGGCGAAGAUGCGUUUUUCCACCGGCCUGAUGCCUUGGGAAUCGCUGACGGUGUGGGCGGAUGGGCUGGUGUCAAGGAUGCCGAUCCGUCUCUGUUUGCACGCCGACUGAUGCACCAUGUUAAUCUGGAGGUGCAGCGGUAUGAGAAUAUUGACGACGAAAUGUUCUCGCACUACUACGACGCUACCCCGGUUGACAUUCUGCGCCGGGCGUAUGAGUUUACGUUGGAUGAGAUGGAGACUCUGGCGGUGCGCGGGUCGUCGACAGCCUGCGUGGUGGUUCUGCGCGGCGAUGAGUUGCGUGUGGCCAAUUUGGGCGACUGCGGACUGACUGUGGUGCGCCAGGGCGAUAUGGUCUAUCGGACAGAGGAGCAGCAGCACUCGUUUAAUUUCCCGUACCAACUGGGCACAGAGGCACACUCCGACACCCCUUCGGAUGCGCAGGUGUUCCGGCUGAAGAUCCAGAAGGGCGACAUUAUUAUUGUCGGGUCCGACGGUGUGUUUGACAACCUUUUUGACGAGGACAUCCUGGACGAGGUCAACCAGCAUCUGCCGCCGCUCAUGCGCGCCGAGGCCCCAUCAAAGUUCUCCCUGCCGCAGUUCCAUAUUGACCCGCGUGCUAUCAGUCUGGCAAUUGCGAAGCGUGCAAAGCUGGUUAGCGAGGAUACGCGGUACUCUGAGAGCCCGUUCCAGAUGCGUGCUAUGCAGGAGGGGCUUUACUAUCAGGGAGGCAAGCGCGAUGACAUUACUGUUGUAGUGGCUGUCGUUACUGAUCUCGAAGACACUCCAGACCGCCGGUGAAUUAUUGGAUAAAUUAUAUAUGUACAUGUAUUAUAUUGAGUAGUUGAAAUUCGCAGCAGCAGUUAUAUCUUUUUAGUUAUUUACAAUUAAUCAGUCACAGUAUAAUAUUCAAUUACG